AUCCUCUCCGCCUUCGACACGUAUCGCUCAGAGAUCGACGCGCACAAUGAUCGACGAGAGCGAUUGAUCAAAGCUUCGAGGGAUAUUACCAAUCUGUCCAAGAAGCUCAUCUUCCACCUUCAUCGCCUGCCACCACCAGCUCACCUCUCCAACCCCAAGGCGCGCGUCGCGACCUCUGCUGCUCCUCCUCCGCAUUCACAACGCAUGCUCAACGAGGCAGCAGCCAAGCAGAGUGACAUCGUCAGCCUUAUACGGCGAACAGCGUACCAGGAAGAUCUCGCGCAGGGCCACGCUGCGAGUUUGCGCUACGAGCGGAACUUGGGUGGCGGGUUGGAGGAGUUUAUCGAAGCCCUCUCCUUCCACCACUACCUCCUGCACGGCACCCUCAUUACGCACGAGGAGGUGCAAGCCCUCUUCCAGCCUGGCGUGGCAGAGCGAUACACCGAUGGGAUGACGGGCGAGGAGCAGCAGGAGAUGAAACUGACAGCCACCACGUCUUGCUCGCAGAUCUUCCCUGUUCCAACGCAUCGCUACCUCCUCGGUAUCUCAGAUCUCACGGGUGAGCUGAUGCGUUUCGCCACCAAUGCGCUCGGAGGCGGUGGCGGAGGAGGCAAGGGAUCUUCAGCGGGCCCACCAAGCGACCCAGGGACGGUGGUACGCUCUGUCCUCGCGCUGCUCAGGGACAUCAGGGAGGGGCUCGAGCCAUUUGUCUUUUUGAUCCACGACAUGAGGAAGAAGCAGGCGGUCACUACUGCCAGUCUGAGAAAGAUUGAAGAUCUCUCGUACAACAUCUCGAUCCGCAUGUCCGAGUUCGGCGGCGACGAGAAGGCGAUCAGGGAGAUGGUUCGACGGGCUCUUGCUGGUGGCAACAGC